AUGUUUAUGGACGGAAACAAUACGGCUGUUUUGCCAUUAGCGCUUCAAGGAAAUGGACCAAGACUCCUCGGCUGGAAUCUCCCAACAGAGGAUAUUCAUUUGCUUAUUCCCCAUUGGCAAGCAUUUGAAGCUCCUCCGUUUUAUUAUCAUUUAUUGUUAGCUUUGGUUUAUUUUGUCUUGAUGGUGAUAUCAACUGUUGGAAAUGGAAUCGUAAUUUGGAUAUUCUCGACAACAAAGUCACUCCGUUCACCGUCAAACUUAUUCAUCGUAAACUUAGCAAUUUUUGAUCUUUGUAUGAUGCUUGAGAUGCCAAUGCUGUUAUAUAAUUCAUACUAUCAGCGCAUCAUGGGUGGAGAUUUGGCAUGUACAAUUUAUGCUAUACUUGGCUCAUUUUCUGGUAUUGGUGGAUCAGCAACAAAUGCAGCAAUUGCUUUUGAUCGAUACAAGACAAUAUCAAGUCCUAUUGAUGGAAAGUUGUCACGAGGACAAGCAAUUAUGCUUAUUACUUUCACAUGGUUCUGGUCAUUGCCUUUUACUAUUUUACCAACAUUGCAAAUAUGGGGUCGAUACGUUCCAGAAGGAUUCCUAACAACAUGUAGCUUCGACUUCCUUAGCAAUAACGAUGAGACAAGAGUAUUUGUAGCAUGCAUCUUCACAUGGGCUUAUUGCAUUCCAAUGUUCUUAAUCGCAAUAUUUUAUUUGAAUUUGUUCAAGCACGUCCGUGCUCAUGAAAAAAUGUUGAAAGCUCAAGCUAAACGCAUGAAUGUUCAAUCACUUUCAGCAAAUAGGGAUGCAAAAUCAGUUGAAAUUAGAAUUGCAAAGGCAGCAUUUACAAUUUUCUUCAUGUUCGUGUGUGCCUGGACACCAUACGCAAUUGUUGCAUUAAUUGGUGCUUUUGGAAAUCGACAACUUUUGACACCAUUAGUGACUAUGAUACCAGCUGUAUGUUGUAAAAUAGUAAGCUGUAUUGAUCCAUGGGUUUAUGCGAUUUCACAUCCAAGAUAUCGAGCAGCAUUGGAAAAAAGAUUGCCGUGGUUGGGAAUAAGAGAAGAUUUGAGGGAAGAAGACACGAAAUCAGCUAUGACUGCCGUUACAGCAGCUCCAACAGAAGAAACAUAGAACAUUUCUUGAAUAUUAAAACUUAAAAUUGAAGACUUUAGCAUGAAAAUUGGAAUUGGAAUACAGAAUAACGAGCAAUUCAAAGUGAACUUUUUAUUUUUUUGCAUUUAAAGUAAAUUUUGGAUUGAAAAUAAAUUUUUAACCAUGAAUGGUACUGCAAA